CAUUCCUCUCAGCUUCAUCUCAUGUACGGUAACAGCAAUUAUUACAGCUGUGUGUGACUCUGUAAUCUCAGAUGUGUCACUGGUCCUACAGCUAUGAGAGAAGUCCUUCAGCGUCUACUCCGAUGAAGGGAAAACCCUCUCUUGUGACAGCCCCAGCUCUGUCAAUGAUUGGUGCUUCUAGUGGCACAGACAGAGAGGAGCAUUUGGAUGUAAUUGCAGGAGCUACAGAAAUUCAGAGCCUGGAGCAAAGCUUACAGGACAUGAGUAUUGUUGAGGCGGAGAUGGGGGAAAAUGUUUUCAAUGAUCUGUUGAAUAGUGUCAUCGAUUGGACAGAUGAAGGUUCUUCCAACAUUCAUCCCAAAAGUGAUGAUGGCAAGAAUUAUGACAGCUCAGAUGAAGAGUAUUUUCCACCCAUUUGUAUACGAAUGGGUGGAGCACUUAAAGGGCCAUCCAUUGAUGAAAUUCCAGUUAUUGGACUAGAUGAAAAUGUACAUGAUCAGCCUGCACAUGAAGACCCUCCUGAUGAGCCACCAUGUAAUGAAGAACCUGCUUUCCCACAGCCACUGCAUGUCCUCUGUGAGGAUGACAUCGGUGCCAGAGCAGCAAUAGUUUAUGAAGACAGUUUGAAACAACUGGCCACAUUUCUGAUCCUGCCGGUGGAUAAGUGUACAGGUCUUCUUCAGGCUGGCACGUUUUGCAACAGCAGUGCCCCGUUUGAGAUAAACAUCGCUACCAAGGGGACAGCAAUAAGUGUGGAAUGGGUCUGUCCCAAAGGACACAGCUUGUGGAGAUGGAAUUCCCAGGCAAAAAUGAAGUUUGGGAUGCAAAUAGGAGAUUUUCUCUUGUCCACCAACAUUUUACUGUCUGGCAAUAACUAUGCAAAGGUUGCCCUUUGGUUCAAAUUUAUGAACAUGGGGAUGGUGAACAAGAACACCUUCUUCUCCAUUCAGGACAGUUACUGUGUUGACACCAUAAAAGACUUCUGGGACGAGAGGAGGAGUGAGGCCCUCAGUUCCCUUCAAGGGAAAGAUGUUGUUGUUCUAGCGGAUGGAAGAAAUGACUCACCAGGCCACUGUGCACAGUACUGCAGCUACACCACCAUGGAGAAUGACACCAAAGAGAUCAUUCAUGUUGCCACCAUCGACAAGCGGCACACAUCCUGGAACUCUGUUGUCAUGGAGAUGGAGGGCUUUAUCCAGACUGUGGACAAGCUAACAUCAGAGAUAAAGCUUGUAGAGGUCUGCACUGAUGCUCAUGCCCAGAUUGGGGCCCUUAUGAACCCAGUUAAAGGCAAAUACAAGGCACUUGAAAUUCAUCACAGUCUGGACAUUUGGCAUGGUGCCAAAAACCUGGCUAAAAAAUAGCAGCUGUAAGUUAAAAAAUGGCUCAAAUUUUAUCA